CAGUGAGCACUGAUCAUGGCCACUGCAGAGCUGAUCUGCCAGGUGUCCGAGGAGGACUUGAGCGGCGAGAGAGCCUUCUGGGGCUGAAUGGAAGACCUGACGCUGUCCACGCGGCCUGAGGAGGGUUGCUCUCUGCAUGAGGAGGACACCGAGCGGCAUGAGACCUACCACCGGCAGGGCCAGUGCCGGGCACUGGUGCAGCGCUCUCCCUGGUUGGUGAUGCGGACGGGCCUCCUUGGGCACGGGCUGCAGGAGUAUCUGCUGCCCUACCAGCGCGCGCUGCCACUGCCCAUCUUCAGCCCCGCCAAGAUGGUCGCCGCCAAGGAGGAGCGCGAGGACACCCCCACCCAGCUGCAGGAGCUGCUGGCACUGGAGACAGCCCUGGGUGGCCAGUGUGUGGAGCGCCAGGAUGUGGCCGAGAUCACCAAGCAGCUGCCCCCUGUGGUGCCUGUCAGCAAGCCCGGCGCCCUGCGUCGCUCCCUGUCCCGCUCCAUGUCCCAGGAAGCACAGAGAGGCUGAGACAGACGGUGACUCGGGCUCUAAUGUGCCUGCCGUGGGCUGGGCCCUUCCUGGCUAGUACCAUGGAGGGGAGCUGCUGGCCAUGGAUGCUUUGUAGUUUGCCCAGAGUUGGGGGCUAGGGGAGGAGGGAACCAGAGGCCAGGACACCUGGGUCCCCUGAGUUCCCAAAGGGAGGGGAGCACAGACAGUGGGCACAAAGGCUGGAGAGCUGGGGGUGGCACAGCCAAACAUCCCCAGCCCCAGGAGAAAGGACAAAAGAUGCUGGUGAGGACAGAGGUCCCCGAGGGGAGUGACCCGGGUCCGGGCUCCAGCUUCAGAGAAGAAUGAGGAAAAGGGGAUCUGGAAUGCUCUAGGAAGGAGGCUUGGAGGAGACUGGAGUGAGGGGGAUGUGAAGAAGGCAGAGGCAGAGUGGAGCCCCCAGCAUCCUCGUUAGCGCUGCAAUAAACGCUCAGUUGUGUUCCAGA